AUGUCGGAUUUAGACAGUGAAUAUCCGAGAGCAGAAAGUGGAAGACCAUUUCUACCAGAAGAAGAAAAAGAAUUUGUAAAACUCUUCAAUAAACAAAAAUUCAGACCUAGAACAGCUAUUUUAACAGUGUGGUUUGACUAUCCCAAAAACAUGUUCUUGCAACCGAUACCAGCUAAAGAUAAAAUCACUUUCACGAAUAAAGAAGAUCUAAGAAAUAAAUAUAAACGAGAAGGUAAUAUCGUGGGUAGUAAUUGCAUGAAAUUAUUAGGUAAUUCCUUGUAUGGUAAAUCAAUUCAGAAAGAUAUAUUCACAACUAGACAUUUAUGGAAUGAAGCAACUUUACAGGCCAAAUUUGAUUCACAUGUUAAAACCUAUGAGAAAAUUAAUGAUACUCAAUAUAUUGCUGAAACAGAAAUUGAAGAAAAAGAGAUUACUACCGAAGAUAGUAAAUCUACACGACUAACACCUAGUCAUUUGGGAUCAUUCGUUUUAUCUCAACAGUAA